AUGUCUAUUCCGCCGUCGGAUAUUGAGACUGGCGUCUCCAACGGCGACGUCGACUGGCUAUUUCGAGGCAAGUCCAAGAAACUCAAUAAGAAGCUCCACCUGGAUAAAGCUGGCGCUGACGAGGAUAGGCUGAGGGCCGAUGACAAGGAUAAUGGAGACAGAGAGAGAGAGAAAAGUGGUUCGAGAAGAUCUGUGAGCAUGGAACUGGCGCUGAGUGAGCAGCAAGGCAAGCAGCAGGCGCCUAUAGACCCUGAGGACCCUAAAUACCCGCUGAAGGCAGUCCUGAAACCCACAACGGCGAGAUCUCCGUCGUCUCCUGCUGCCGCAUCCCAGGCAUCCCCAUCUACUCCACCGCAACAGCCCCGAAGACGAUCCAGUAUAAGCUUUAUGAGUUUGGGCAAUUCUGGCUCCAAUGGAUCUGCUCAUGAUAGCGACUCAAGCUCGUCGCAGCCGCCUCUGAGAUCAAAUUCUGGAAGGGGACGCUCGUUUUUGAGCUCUCUAUCACUGAAGUUCAAGAGUUCAGGUAAUGCAUCCCCGAGUUCGGCUCCCCCAGCAGCUUCUACUAAACUCAAUCCAAACAUGAUAGGCUCUGGCUCGCAGCCACCAGCGAAUCAAGAUUUGGCAUCCUUAGUUAAUAGACCCCCAGCAGAAGCUGGCAUCUCUAUUCCGCAGCCUAAGGGAAGGCGCUCUUCGUUUUCAGCUAGUCCAAAACUGUCAGUGGACUCGGAACGUGGUGGUUUCUUUAAAAGAAGAACCCUGAAUGUCGAUCAGAACCCCCCUCCUCCUCCACCGUCACAGCGGGUUGUACUCAAUCGCAAUAAGAAUAAGGAGAAAGUCAUGCGAGAGUUUGCGGAUCGAAAGCUAAAACGUGUGGCAUUCGCUUUAGACAAGCUAAGUGAUGAUCCUCAGCAGCAGAUUCCUUCAAGGCGCCCUAAAAAGGGCAACGUCUUGAUUCCAGAAGACUUGACUGCUCCGCUUCCUCGCUUGUCUCAAGGCAUCUCUGUGAGUGACGGCAAGGGAAACAAGACGAGUAUCACUGAGACAAAGUACACCGAAAAAGAGCUCCAAAUGGCCAUUGAAGCACAAAGAAAAGCUCUUGCAGAAGCUGAAAAGCAUGCUAUGGAUGCACAUCUUUCCGCCAAGCGCUUGGCAGCACAGAUCUCUCUGUUCAAGACUUCAAAUAAGACUUCAGCAACCAUAGAAGAGGAUGAGGUUGAUAUUCAGGCUGAGAAGAUAGAAAUUGACAAGCCUUUACAUGUUCAUGAGAAUCAUUUCGAUGAGAGUAGCGAACACCCGGAGAUUGCUAUUGAAGAUUUGUCUCUCGAAGAUAUCUACGCUCGGUGCUGCCAUCUUCGUGAAAUCCUUCCCAUCCCAGCAACGUUGAAACAGCUUAAGAACAAAACCAGUCCUCUACAGGUGCUCAAGCUCUUGAAUCCAAAGCCAACCUUGAUAGAUGUUCUUUCAUUCAGCGACUUCCUCGCUAUCACCCCUAUCAACACAGUCAUUUUUGAUAAUGUUACAAUGACGACUGAGAUGCUUAAGCACUUGUUGGCGGCUUUGGUACACAGCAAGACAUUGGAGAAGCUUUCUCUUCGUAACGUUGCCAUCGACGAAACUGGAUGGCUUUAUCUUUGUGAAUUCUUAGGUCGCAACCGGACAGUCAAGAAACUUGACAUUUCUCAACAGAGGGUGAAGACAGUGACUAAGCAAACAUCAUUCCGCUCUGCCAUGAACUGGGACUUGUUUAUCAAAACUUUAGUCGCCCGUGGAGGAAUCGAAGAGUUGGUGAUGGGAGGUUGUAAGCUUUCGGAUGAGACCUUCGAAAAGUUGCUUGAGCAGGCACUCACUAUUUCCACUUGCAGACUCGGGGUAGCUGCUACUGAGAUCAACCUUCGCAAGUGUGAGAUGAUUGCUGACUGGAUCAGCAGACCCAAUUCCAAGUGCGUUGGAAUUGAUAUAGCAUACAAUGAUUUGAGUAAUGGCCAGCUUAGGCCGUUUAUUGAGGCAUUCAACACCAAAGAGACUCGCCUCAUUUUCUUUUCGCUCAACGCUACCAAUCUACAAAACAUGGAAGAAGUAGGAGAGCUAUUACGAGGGUUGGCCAAGGUGCAGACGCUCCGAUUCUUGGACUUGAGCUCCUUGCCACAACUAUUCCCCGGGGUCAUCUCAAAACUCAGCAAGACCCUUCCUUUAUUCCCGUCGUUGAGAAGAGUGCACUUUGAUCUAAAUGAGCUCACAUCACAAUCUAUUGACGCCAUUGCCGAUAUCCUACCAAAGGUCAAGAACCUAGUGCAUGUGUCACUUCUUGGUAAUCGAAAUUUGACCCGCGGUUGCAUUGGCUCAUUAUACACGGCAGUGAAGAACUCAAACAUAUUCAAUUUGGACUUGGACUAUGACAUAGUCCCAGAUGAACUUUCGCAGAGAUUGGCACUUUAUCUAAUGAAGAAUCUAGACCGUCAAGUUAGACCGGAUAUCAACAGCAGCCGUGGUGAUACCGCACAAGACGAUGUUAUGUUCGACGGUUCUCUUCUUAUGGAGACUGCGGAAAAGAUGUUGAUCGAAAGUGACAAGAACUCCGAGGAAGCCGACUUGAAGUUGCAGAAAAUCAUCACGAAUGCAUUGAUUGAAAGAACCAACUCGAUCAGAAAGGAUAUUCACAAGAUCAUCGAUGAUCUAUUUCAGAAGCGUGCAUCUGGAACACUCAACUUUGAGGAUAAGGAGUCUUUGUUGCGCUUUUGUCUUCUUGAUGCUUCUUUAGAGAAGGUCGUCCAUCUUUUUGAGCAAAAGGCAAAGAAGUUUACCAGUUAUCCCAUGAGUCCUUCUCCUUCAGCAAAGGACGACAAGCAGCUUUCACUCGAUCUGGAAAUCUCUCCAGGGCGUGCCUCUGAGCCGCUGAAGAGCAGUGACCAUCAGCAUUUGCAUGAGAGCUCCAAGGCCCUAAUUGAUGCUGGUCCUAUUUUGAUGGCAAAAUCAAGACCCACUGCAACAUUCACAGCCCCAGAUUCAACAUUUGAACCUCACCUGGUUGUCGUGGAAUCUAGUUCGGAUGGACUGAAGGUCCCAAUUGAUAAUACCACAGGACGUCCGGUCUUAUUCCGAUCUAUGUCACAAACGUCUUUGCAUGCUAAAGAGCAAGAAAAAGAGGAGGGAGAAUUUCAUCGUUGGGGGUAUUUCAUGGAGCAUAGAAAAUCUGAGGCGGAGGAAUCAGACGAGAAGCAGCAAGAAAAAUUGGUCAUUGGAGCUGUUCCAUCGGGCUCAGAACUUCGUGAGGCUAUUAUCGAGGCAAAGGGUGUUGAUUCUGUGACAGACUUGAUCUCCAAAAUCAGCACGCACAGAGUCAGUUUGGAUGGCAUCUACAACGCAGACAAGAAAAGAAACUCCGUGGAACGUAAGCCGUUACUGUCUCAAUCUGAAAGCCUAGAAUUCAAGGAUGCCCAGGAGACCCCACUGAGCGACGCUGCCGACGACUCACACUCCAUUGACUCCGGUGAUGAACAAACUGUCCAUCCUGUUGUCGAUGAGGCUUACGACAAGCUUUUGAAUGAGGCUCAAAGAGUCCGUUCCAACAAAGAUUGCGCAACGUAG